AUGUCAGCUCCAACAUUAGGUCAUUAUCAAACUUUAGGAGUUAAUCCAUCAACUCCAUUUGAAGAUAUCAAGAAAGCUUAUCGAAAAUUAUCAUUAAAAUAUCAUCCAGAUAAAACUCCAGAUAAAACACAUCAUGAAAAAUUUAAAGAAAUUAAUGCAGCAUAUGAAAUUAUCAGAACUAAUAGAGAAUCAGGUAAUGCAUUUAUUAAUGUAAAUACCAGGUCAACUAGUAAUAUGAAUAAUACAAGGUCAAAUUUUACUACAUUUUUCUCACAGGCUACAUCUUCAUUUCCAUUUUCAGAAUACAGAAGUACAAAUGGUUCCUCGACUCAUUAUUAUAGCAGAUACACUCAAUCAUCUUCAACUAAUUCAUCAAGUAAAAAUAAUACUCCAAAUACAAAUACAAAAACAAAAACAAAUAAUAAUGGCGGUAACACUGAUAAUACCUCAAAUUAUUCUUCAUAUAACUUUUAUCAAAAAUCACAAGAGCAUCAAAGAAACGCAGCUGAGGCAGCUGCAAGACAUGCCGAAAGACUAAAAGAAGAAAUGGCUGAACGAGUCAGAGCAGAAGCUGCAUCAAUAAGGAGAGCAGAGGCUGAAUUGCGAAGGAGAGCAGAAGAAAGUCGAAUUAGACAAGACUUAAAGAGAGAAGCAGAAGAAAAAGCGAGACUGUCAUCUAGGAAUAAAGAUAAUUUGAAGGUUCAUUUUCUGGAAGAAGAAGUAUUAAUAUUACCAUCAGAUGAAGAAGAAUAUGUACCUCAAGUUCCCAGAAAGAAUUCUUCAUCAAAAACCAGUAGUAAAAAAUCAGACAAAGCUUAUCAGUCAGCUAAAGAAAAAAGAAGAAAUUUAGAAGAGUCGGCUGAGAUUGCGAAUGAUUUUAUUAAGGAAAAUUAUGGAGUCCAGGAUGAAACUGAAAAAUAUUAUCAAAAUUCUAAAAAGAAAAAGAAAGUGGAAAUUGAAGAAGAAGAUUAUAAUCCUAGAGAGGCAAGCAGUAGCACUUCCAAACCAUCAUCGUCAACGCCGUCCAAAAAAGGUAAGGACUCAGAUCAUCCAAUUGUACUAGAAGAAGAUUUGAGUUUUGCAGAGGAAGGUUUAAGUGAAGAAAAUAAUGAUUCAUUUAUGAAUGUACCUGAACCAAACAAUCAAAAUUCAUUUGAAAAUAAUGAACCAGGACAAAGUUCCGGAGAAUAUGAUCCAAGAAUUUUAAAUGAGCAUAUUCAUUUCAACGUCAAACCAAAGAUGCCACCUAGAAGUAAUACUGCAUCACCAACAAGGUCAAACAAAACAAUUCCAACAUUACAAACACAACCAAAUCACGUAAGAUUUCAUCCAACAGCACCACACAAAAGAUCCAAAAUUUCAUCACAAAAUCCAGCAUUUGGUUCACCCUUGGACAUGAAUGGGUUUGACAUAAAAGUUGGUGAUAUAGAGGAAGUAAAUUUUAAUGAAAUUUAUGAAAGUCUACCCGAUGAUCAAAAACGAAAAACUCCAAAAUCAGAUGAAGCAAGUAACAUAUCUUCAAGUUCAGGACAAAAAACAUUCGAUUAUACCAAUGGAAAAUCUAAAGCUGAUAUACUAUCCAACCCGUUAAAUAAAAACCCUGUUAGAGGUUAUACAUCUACAAGCAGCUCAGAAACCACAACAACAUCUUCAACGAAAAAAUUAAAUAUACUUGAUUUACAUGCAUCACCAAAAGUUCAUAAUUUUACAGCUCCAAACCCACCAUCAAUGAUUUUUAAUCCAGAAACAAUGACUAGAUUAAGAUGGCAAAGAUAUGUUAAUUCUCUAGAAGAUUAUCAAAAAGCAUUUUUAAGUUAUAAAGAAGCAAUAGUUAGAUAUCAAAUGGAAAGAACCGAGAAAGAUAUUCAAUUUUUCAAUGAAAUUAAUGAUGAAAAUGAUAAUGAAAAUAUGGAAGUAUAUAAACAAUGUUUAGCAAGAGAUUUAGAAGUUGUUGGACAAUUUAAAGCUUCAUUGAGAGUUUUUAGUCAAAUUAUGACAUUAUAUCAACAAAAUCGUAACUGGAUUAAUAUGUAUAAGAAUUGGGAUUAA